GCCUCCCGCAGCUCGGGAGAGGGUGCUCCGGAGGGUGGACCGGGGCCCUCAAGUGCCGGCAGCUGGAAAGGAAGAGGAGGGCUGCGAGGCGGAAUGCGCCCUGGGCGAAGAGGGGCAGAGGCGGAGCGCCAGGUGCUGUGGGUCUCACUCCCAGCCAGCCAGGAGUUUAGAACGUUCUUCCUCCGCCCUCUCCUCGCCUCGCCCCCGCCACAUACACUCCCAAACCCCAACACCCAGGCGCCUCCUGGGCCUCUCCUAGGUUGGGCUGCUCCAGGAAGUUUCUAUGAAAGCACCUGAAAUACUAAGUCACCUUCGCGAGGAGAACUCGAGUGAGAUAAAAUCGUGCGCCCUCGCAGGUGAGUUUGCAGCCAAGAAUUUUGGGCUCUGCUGGGAGGAGAAAGGGAAGUUGAGAAAGUCUUUGGACCUGGUAGCCUGGUGCUCUUUCUCAUGGCUUCACCCAACCGCCCGGGCAGUGACUGCUCCCAAAUCAUUGAUCACAGUCAUGUCCCCGAGUUUGAGGUGGCCACCUGGAUGAAAAUCACCCUUAUUCUGGUGUACCUGAUCAUCUUCGUGAUGGGCCUUCUGGGGAACAGCGUCACCAUUCGGGUCACCCAGGUGCUGCAGAAGAAAGGAUACUUGCAGAAGGAGGUGACGGACCACAUGGUGAGUUUGGCUUGCUCGGACAUCUUGGUGUUUCUUAUUGGCAUGCCCAUGGAGUUCUACAGCAUCAUCUGGAACCCCCUGACCACGUCUAGCUACACCAUGUCCUGCAAGCUGCACACUUUCCUCUUCGAGGCCUGCAGCUACGCUACGUUGCUGCAUGUGCUGACCCUCAGCUUUGAGCGCUACAUCGCCAUCUGUCACCCCUUCAGGUACAAGGCUGUGUCGGGACCUUGCCAGGUGAAGCUGCUGAUUGGCUUCGUCUGGGUCACCUCCGCCCUGGUGGCACUGCCCUUGCUGUUUGCCAUGGGUACUGAGUACCCCCUGGUGAACGUGCCCAGCCACCGGGGUCUCAUUUGCAACCGCUCCAGCACCCGCCACCACGAGCAGCCCGAGACCUCCAAUAUGUCCAUCUGUACCAACCUCUCCAGCCGCUGGGCUGUGUUCCAGUCCAGCAUCUUUGGCGCCUUCGUGGUCUACCUCGUGGUCUUGCUCUCCGUAGCCUUCAUGUGCUGGAACAUGAUGCAGGUGCUCAUGAAAAGCCAGAAGGGCACGCUGGCCGAGGGCACGCUGGCCGGAGGCGCGCGGCCGCCGCAGCUGAGGAAGUCAGAGAGCGAAGAGAGCAGGACCGCCAGGAGGCAGACCAUCAUCUUCCUGAGGCUGAUCGUUGUGACAUUGGCCGUAUGCUGGAUGCCCAACCAGAUUCGGAGGAUCAUGGCUGCGGCCAAACCCAAGCACGACUGGACGAGGUCCUACUUCCGGGCGUACAUGAUCCUCCUCCCCUUCUCGGAGACGUUUUUCUACCUCAGCUCGGUCAUCAACCCGCUCCUGUACACGGUGUCCUCGCAGCAGUUUCGGCGGGUGUUCGUGCAGGUGCUGUGCUGCCGCCUGUCGCUGCAGCACGCCAACCACGAGAAGCGCCUGCGCGUCCACGCGCACUCCACCACCGACAGCGCCCGCUUUGUGCAGCGCCCGCUGCUCUUCGCGUCCCGGCGCCAGUCCUCUGCAAGGAGAACUAACAAGGUUUUCUUAAGCACUUUUCAGAGCGAGGCCGAGCCCCAGUCAAAGUCCCAGCCAUUGAGUCUCGAGUCACUAGAGUCCAACUCAGGCGCGAAACCAGCCAAUUCUGCUGCAGAGAAUGGUUUUCAGGAGCAUGAAGUUUGAAUGUCAAGCGAGGGAGCCUUGAGUGGGAACUGGCCCUCCAGCCCCAAGAAACUGUCACCCUCACUCUGCAGUCUCAAAAUAAUAAACUAUGCCCCCAUCAGGGAUGGAAUGGACACUGGAGGCUUUAUAAAAGGCAGAUGCCCACCUCAGUGACUUCUAAGGACUGACUCUGCCAGCCUGGCCUUGACUCUGGUUACACAGACAUGGGGGUGAACUUUCACUCCACCUCCUUCCUUCAAGUACAUACUGAAAAUUCAGUAAGACUGAAUUUAUUCAGAAUGCUUUACACUGAGCUCUUUCAAUUAUUUGCACAGGAACAAAAGAGAACACGGACUCCCGCUCCCUACCCAGAAUAAAAGGACACCCAGAAGAAACUCAGGGAGGUGGGGGGGUGGGGGCGAGGGCUGGAAGAACAAUGCAGGAGGGCGUGGCAUCUCCUUCAGCUUCAGCAGUGUGCCGAGAAGAGGGCUAAUUUGAGGAGCAGGAUGGUGGUGGGGAGCCCUGGCCUGAGGGCCGAGGCAGAACUUCCCCUUUUCUUGGGCCUUGGCCCGUUACAAAGAGGGGUGUUGCAGCAGCUAAUGCAAACUGAGUUCAGUUUCCCUGGGGAGCAGAAGGACUGGUACCCGGCAGAAGCGAUGAGACAGGCCGCUGAUGAUGCACAGGACUUGCGGUACAUGAUCCCUGUAACACAGACCCAAAGGAGCUGAGUUAACGUGCACCGGCAAAAGGAUAGCUGUCCCUCUCAGCCCAAAUCCAGACAGACAGUUCUUUCUUACUCCUCCCACAGCCCAGAGACUGGGUGAGAUCAGGGAAGUGCUUCAGAUUGUCUCAUUGAUACUCAAAACACCAAGAUAGAUGGUGAGAUACAGGCACUAUUUCAGAUGCCAAUACCUGUGAAUAAAGAGCUGUUAAACAGACUUACAUUUUAAGUCAGUCAGAGUUCACACUGUGUACAAGACACAGCUUUUUAUUUACUUUUUUUUUGGUUCAAACUGUCUCAUGUCAGUGAGGAUCACAAGCAGUGCUUCUAGAGCUUAUCUCUGUUAUUGCUUUAUAAGCGGCCACAGAGGGAUGGCUCUCAACUAUGUGUUUAUGAAAUCCUGGAGUUCUUUGAAGACAGACCAAAUCCCAAAGGGAAAUAAGUAUAUACCUAUUGAAGGGGUCCUGAGUUUUCCACGGGAUUUAGUGAAGGGGCACCUGGCUGACCAUGUGUCCCUCACAGUCUUUCUUUUUUUUUUUUUUUUUUUGAGACGGAGUCUUGCUCUGUCACCCAGGCUAGAGUGCAGUGGCAUGAUCUCAGCUCACUGCAAGCUCCACCUCCCGGGUUCAUGCCAUUCUCCUGCCUCCUAAGUAUCUAUCUGGGACUACAGGCACCCGCCACUACGCCCGGCUAAUUUUUGUAUUUUUAGUAGAGACGGGGUUUCACCGUGUUAGCCAGGAUGGUCUGGAUCUCCUGACCUCGUGAUCUGCCCGCCUCGGCCUCCCAAAGUGCUGGGUUUACAGACUUGAGCCACCGCGCCCGGCCCCUGUCUUGUUCUAAGGAGGGGCGCUCUGCCCUCAGGACACAUGGCCAUCUGCCAAGCCAAGUCAGCACCACACAGCUAGCACUCAAUGACACACACUGGAUGCAAAAAGGAGCUUCCCAAGAAGACUAGGGGGCCUGUCCCAAGGAGCAUGUGUGUCCUGUCAAGCUGUAGUAUAGUCAUCAAAUUAGGGUGUCUUAAUCAUAAAGGUGGAAGUUUAUUCAAUACAAAUAAUACUAGCUAAACUUAUUUAAGGGCUUCCCUGUCUCCCAGGCACUAUUCAGUAGCGUGUCAGCUUCUUCACUACCCCAAGCAACUCUACAAGGGAGGCCCUCAUGAUCACCCCCAUUUUACAGAUGUGAAGCCUCAGGGCUAGAGAGAUUUAGUAACUUGCCCAAGGUCACACGAACAGGAAGUGGAGCAGCUGGGAUUUGAACCCAGUAUUCUGGGUCCAUGCAAGACGGUGUUACUGUAUAGCAGUAAAUUCGAUUGCCAAUUAACCACAGAAAUGGUGGGGACUUUUUAGGGGGAGGGGGUUUACUCUGAAGAUAACUUUUGUUGUGUACGUAUGUGGCUUUUUUUUUUUGAGACGGAGUCUCGCUCUGUCACCCAGGCUGGAAGGCUGGAGUGCAGUGGCACCAUCUGGGCUCACUGCAAGCUCUGCCUCCGCCUCCUGGGUUCAUGCCAGCCUCCCGAGUAGCUGGGACUACAGGCAUCCACCACCACACCUGGCUAAUUUUUUGUAUUUUUAGUAGAGACAGGGUUUCACCGUGUUAGCCAGGAUGGUCUCGAUCUCCUGACCUCGUGAUCCACCCGCCUCAGCCUCCCAAAGUGCUGGGAUUGCAGCGUGAGCCACGGCGCCCUGACGUAUGUGGCUAUUUUAUAUCAAUGAAUUAUUUUUUUGGACGACAGAUAGUAUUUAAUACUAAAGCUUAGAAUUAACAGGUCUUAAUCCUGUUUGCUGCCUUGCACAGCUGAGGGAUAUAGCAUCCCACCAGGAGCCAGGGCUCCUUACCCACUCAUUUCCUGCAGGUAUGUGGGCAAGUGUGGUUUUGGUUUUGGCUCCCUCCUUGAGAAUUGCCACUUUGGGUGCUAUAGAAACAGUAAAGAAUGAAACUGCCUAAUACUUCCAAGUGGGAGGUAAGGAAGUACUUUAGAUUUACCUUAAAACAUGCAAUUUUAUGUCAUUUUUUCCCCUCUAACUGCAUGUUUGUAAGGAUUGAUUUUCUAAGACUAUUACAAAAUCCUGGAAGGUGGCUGCUCUGGUAAGAUAAAGCUGAGGUACAGAGGAUGCCUGUAUCUAUGUGUGGGAGGCACUGUUUGAUUUCUAAGGAAUACACUUCAGGGAAUUGCCCAUUUAUAGAUUUCCCAUAGUCUCUACAUUUGCCAUCCAUGGCCCUUUUUAGGAAAUCAUUCUUUUCUUUUUAUUCCUAAGUGUGAAAAAUACUAACUGGCAUUUAUUUGCCACUUCCACUACAAUGAACUUUUUUUAAGUGAAUUUUUAAACUUUAAAAAAAAUAUUUACUGAAUAUGUUUUUGUCUGUAAAAAAGUUCAGUCAGUAAGGUGAAAAUGGACAUUGAGUACCCCUGCUGGUUCCAGGCCCUCCACUGUGUUCCCCUAGAGGCAGAUGCUGUCAUCAUUGUGGCAUGCCUUCUUCCAGGCUGGUUUCUGUACAUUUACAUAUAUGCUCAUGGAGAAAUAAAUAAAGUCUGUGUGUUUGCACACAUUUUUAACAGUA